GGUGCGACAGCCUUCACUAUUUCUCCCUCCUUUCUACCCCCUUCUCUAUUAUUAUUAUUAUUUUUAGUCUUCAAUAUUUUUUAACCUUCCAUUUUUGACCCUCAAGCGCAAAUAUUGCCUUAGGCAUCAGUCUCAAGUACCUACCAGUACGUGGUCCUGAGAAAGGCGAUUUUCUACUUCUGCUUCUUACUCGAUGUACUGAAAUGUCUCUGGUCUUCAACUCCCGUCUGCUGGCCAGGACUUGCAAGCAAUCGCUGUUCGCAGUGCCCGCUCGCAGCAUCACUUUGCCAAGUAGCCCAGAUGCUAUCGAUAAUUCAAGCUCUGACGUACCUCAGAGCAUAGCUGAAAUAUCACCACUCUCAACGAAACGGGACCAACAUCCUGCAUCAUGUACCAAAAACUGGGCGGAGCGCCUGGACGGUAUCAACUCUAAAUCCAGGUUGCCUCGAAGUGUGCAAGCAGUGUAUUUGCGGCCUCUCCGAAGGAAAGCCGAAUACGGAUUGCCGGUUUGCGAUCUUCAACUUCGGUCGUACAGUGUUCGCAAUGUGGAGUUCUUCGCUGAUUUCGCCGUGCGUGCUGCCUACUACUUAAAACUUCCUGUCUCCGGUCCUGUGCCUCUGCCACGCAUCGUUGAACGUUGGACAUUCCCUCGAAGCAAUUUCGUGCACAAGAAAAGCCAGGAAAACUUCGAACGGAUUACUCUUCGCCGACUGAUUCAAAUCAAGGAUGGCAACCCUGAGGCUGUACAGACGUGGUUGGCAUUCUUACGAAAGCAUGCUUUCUAUGGAGUGGGCAUGAAAGCUAACGUUUGGGAACACGAGAGCCUUGAUGUGUUCAAGAAUAUAGAUAAGGCGGCCCCUGAAGUUGAACGGUCCCUUGAGCCUCACCUAUCACACUUCGGUCAACGGAGUGGUGAAGGGGCGCAGAGUUCGAUACCUGAUCUUCUGGGUGGCAUGCGACUUCCGAAGCACAGAAGUCCAUUAAGCAGCGUCCGCAAAGGCUAAAUUCAAGCCAAUAGUUCUCUGUAUACUUUGCCAUUGAGUGCUGCUCACGUCAAAUCUCUGUAUUUCUAUUUUUAGCCUUAUAUAUUAGUCUGAUAAGUUUAGCACAAGACUUCUCAAUCCAUAUUGUACUAUUCUAUUGCCUGGAUCAUAGUCUGAAUAAUAUAAUCAUGGGAUUCAUAUAAAUAGUGUGGU